CACCGCGCGCCCUGCGCUUCCCUCCGCCCGCGCUGGGGACAUGGCGCGGCGCUGACUGGCCCGGCUCAGCGAGACCGCGCGCCCGCCCGCCCGGACCCGACCCGACCCGACCCGACCCGCACCGGACCCGCUCCGGCUCCGGCCGGCCGCUGCUUCUUCCUUCGCCGGCCCGCAGGCCCGCGCCUCCCGGGAGGGGAGCCCACAGGCGCAGGGAGGCCGAGCGCGGACUCGCCGCCAGGCUCCAGAAUGGCAGAAGACGAUACAUAUUUGGGAGGGCAUGAACAAAUGUUUCAUUUGGAUCCUUUGACUCAUACAAUAUUUAAUCCAGAAUUAUUUCAACCAGAAAUGGCACUACCUACAGCAGAUGGUCCAUACCUUCAAAUAUUAGAGCAACCUAAACAGAGAGGAUUUCGUUUCCGUUAUGUAUGUGAAGGCCCGUCCCAUGGUGGACUCCCCGGUGCAUCUAGUGAAAAGAACAAGAAGUCCUACCCUCAGGUCAAAAUCUGCAACUAUGUGGGACCUGCAAAGGUUAUUGUUCAGUUGGUCACAAAUGGGAAGAACAUCCACCUGCACGCACACAGCCUGGUGGGAAAACACUGUGAGGAUGGGAUCUGCACUGUGACUGCCGGACCCAAGGACAUGGUGGUCGGCUUUGCAAACUUGGGUAUACUUCAUGUGACAAAGAAAAAAGUAUUUGAAACACUGGAAGCACGGAUGACAGAGGCAUGUACGAAGGGCUACAAUCCCGGACUUUUGGUGCACCCUGAUCUGGCUUACUUGCAAGCAGAAGGUGGAGGAGACCGGCAGCUCACAGAUCGGGAAAAGGAGAUCAUCCGCCAGGCAGCUCUUCAGCAGACGAAGGAGAUGGACCUCAGCGUGGUGCGGCUCAUGUUUACAGCUUUUCUUCCGGACAGCACUGGCAGCUUCACGAGGCGCCUGGAGCCCGUGGUGUCAGACGCCAUCUACGACAGCAAAGCCCCCAAUGCGUCCAACUUGAAAAUUGUAAGAAUGGACAGGACAGCUGGAUGCGUAACCGGAGGGGAAGAGAUUUAUCUUCUCUGUGACAAGGUUCAGAAAGAUGACAUCCAGAUUCGAUUUUACGAAGAGGAGGAAAAUGGUGGGAUCUGGGAAGGAUUUGGAGAUUUUUCCCCCACAGAUGUUCAUAGACAAUUCGCCAUCGUCUUCAAAACUCCAAAGUAUAAAGAUGUCAACAUCACAAAACCAGCUUCCGUGUUUGUCCAGCUUCGGAGGAAAUCUGAUCUGGAAACCAGCGAACCCAAACCUUUUCUCUACUACCCUGAAAUCAAAGAUAAAGAGGAAGUGCAGAGGAAACGGCAGAAGCUCAUGCCUAAUUUCUCAGAUAGCUUUGGCGGCGGGAGCGGAGCUGGAGGCGGAGGCGGAGGCAUGUUUGGCAGUGGCAGUGGAGGAGGGGGUGCUGGAGGUACGGGGCCAGGGUAUGGCUUCCCUCACUACGGAUUUCCUACAUAUGGUGGAAUUACUUUCCAUCCUGGAACCACUAAAUCUAAUGCCGGGAUGAAACAUGGAACCAUAAACACCCUAUGUAAAAAUGAUUCUGAAGGCUGUGGCAAGAGUGUGGACAGAGAGGCAGUGAACCUCUCUGGGAAAGUAACUGAACCCACAGAACGAGAUAAUGAGUCGAGCUCUGGGGAUGAUGAGAUGACUCUGACGUACACAGUGGGAGUGAAGGAAGAGAAUUCUAGGUUUCAUGAUAACCUCUUCCUCCAGAAGGCUAUGCAGCUUGCCAAGCGGCAUGCCAAUGCCCUUUUUGACUACGCGGUGACAGGGGAUGUGAAGAUGCUGCUGGCUGUCCAACGCCACCUCACUGCAGUGCAGGAUGAGAACGGGGACAGUGUCUUACACUUAGCAAUCAUCCAUCUUCAUGCUCAGCUUGUGAGGGAUCUACUAGAAGUCACAUCUGGUCUGAUUUCUGAUGACAUUAUCAAUAUGAGAAAUGAUCUCUACCAGACACCCUUGCACCUGGCGGUGAUCACCAAGCAGGAAGCUGUGGUGGAGGACUUGCUGAGGGCCGGGGCCGACCUGAGCCUUCUGGACCGCACGGGUAACUCUGUGCUGCACCUAGCCGCCAAAGAAGGACAAGAUAAGAUCCUCAGUAUUUUACUCAAGCACAAAAAGGCAGCGCCACUGAUGGACCACCCCAACGGGGAAGGUCUAAACGCCAUUCACAUAGCCGUGAUGAGCGACAGCAUGCCGUGUCUGCUGCUGCUGGUGGCCGCGGGCGCCGACGUCAACGCCCAGGAGCGGAAGUCCGGGCGCACGGCGCUGCACCUGGCCGUGGAGCGCGACAACAUCUCCCUGGCUGGCUGCCUGCUCCUGGAGGGUGAUGCCCAUGUAGACAGGACGACCUAUGAUGGAACCACACCCCUGCACAUAGCAGCCGGGAGAGGGUCCGCCAGGCUGGCAGCUCUUCUCAAGGCAGCAGGCGCAGAUCCCCUGGUGGAGAACUUUGAGCCUCUCUAUGAGCUGGAUGACUCUUGGGACAAAGAUGGAGAGGAUGAAGGAGUCGUGCCUGGAACCACACCUCUAGAUAUGGCCACCAACUGGCAGGUAUUUGAUAUAUUAAAUGGGAAGCCAUACGAGCCAGAGUUUACAUCUGAUGAUUUACUGGCGCAAGGAGACAUGAAACAGCUGACUGAGGAGGCAAAGCUGCAGCUCUACAAGUUGCUAGAAAUCCCUGAUCCAGACAAAAACUGGGCUACUCUGGCACAGAAGUUAGGUCUGGGGAUACUAAAUAAUGCCUUCCGGCUGAGUCCUGCUCCUUCUAAAACCCUUAUGGACAACUACGAGGUCUCUGGGGGCACGAUAAGAGAGCUGGUGGAGGCCCUGAGACAAAUGGGCUAUACCGAAGCCAUCGAAGUGAUCCAGGCGGCCUUCUGCACCCCGGGAUCCGUGGCCCCCGGCCCCGGGAAGGCCGCGCCUCAGACCCUCUCGCUGCCCCCCUCACCUACCUCCAUGAGGUCGCCACUAGACGAGGUCCGAGACGACAGCAUCUGCGACAGCGGCGUGGAGACGUCCUUCCGCAAACUCAGCUUUACAGAGUCUCUGACCAGCGGCAGCUCCUUGCUGACUCUUAACAAAGUGCCCCACGAGUACGGGCAGGAAGGACCCAUAGAGGGCAAAAUCUAGCCCGCUGGCAGCGUCCCCACACCGUGUAAACCAAAGCUCUGAAAUUCCACCAUUGUCCAAAAGAAGGCGGCGAAGUGCAUCCGCAGGUGCUCAGAGGAAAACCAGCCUGCCGGACUCUCUCGGAAUUUCAUUCAAGGCCUUUUGAAGUUGGCUUCCUUUCUCAGUUCUCAAAGGAAUGUUACUAGUCCGGGCCACGAACACACAGCCCAGAGCAGUCACCGCGCCGGCCUACCGCCUCCCCGUGGGCAGGGUCGCUUAGUGAGCUUUCCCAGCCGCUUCCCCGUUGUCACUGCUGCUGUCCCCCGCUGCGCACCCGCUGGCAUUAAAAGGUGGCCCCGUCCCCACCUGGUCUUCUUCCUGGCCGUCCACAGCACUGUCGCACAUUCAGAUUAAGGAUUAAGAAAAGGGGUAUUUUUAAAUGAAAGUUACAUGGUGUACAAUUAAAAAAAAGGCUUUAUUGCUUUUUCUAAUGUGGUUAUCUAUGUGAUUUGAAAAAAGAACAUGUAAUGUCAAUAUGUAAACAUGGUUACAAUCAGUGCUGAAAAUGGUCUCUUCCCCCUUUUUCUGCAUUUUGCUAUUGUAAAUAUGUUUUUUAGAUCAAAUACUUUAAAGGAAAAGAUGUUGGAUUUAUAAAUGCUAUUUUUUAUUUUACUUUUAUAAUAAAAGGAAAAGCAAAUCGA